AUGUCGUUCUUUGGCUUUGACCCCACCCGCGGUCACUCGGCGAACGCGCCCGGCUUUGGCCAGACGCACGAUGCCUUUGCUGCGCUCGGUGGAGGGGCACAUGAUGACGAUGCCAUCGACUUCGAAGAGACGUACGACGGCCUAGGUAAUCGCAUGGACGACGCCGACGAUGCCUUCAACGACGACACGUUCGGCGAUGGUCCGGCCACCCAGCAGUCGAUUGGCAAAGACUUUGACUUCGCUGGUCAGACGUCCAAGAUUGCAGACACCAUGCAGGAGGAGCAGAUGCUCUACCAGGCUCGCCAGAAGCCUGUCCAGCAGAGACCGCCGGUUCCGCAGGCUUCCAAGCCCACUCGCACGGGCUACGAAAACUACAAGGACCCCGAGUACAUUCCCCAGCUGGAGGCGCGUGCCGACAUCUGGGGCCUGAAGCCCAAGCAGCCUGCCCCGCAGAGGCAGCCCGAGCCACAGUAUGCCCCGCAGAGGCAGUUUGAGCCACAGUACGGUACACCCCCUCAGUACGCGAACCAGGCACCACAAAUUGCACCAGCGAGGAAGUUGAUGAGCUUGGAGGAGGUCGAGGCUAUGAUGCGGUCGCAGGGUGCGGGCAAUGCGUCUCCCUUGGUUCAUGCAGCACUGCCGCAGGGCCCUCCCGCUCAUGCCUACCCGCCACAGCAGUUUGCUCAUGGUCAGCCGCCGUUUCCCGGUAUGCCAGGCGGUAUGCCAGGUGGUAUGCCUGGACAGUUCGCGCCUCAGAUCCUGCAACGGCCCCAACAGCAACAGCAGCACCAGCAGCAUAUGCAGCAUCAGGGUCCACCAAGGGCACAGCAGGUUCAUGCUGAGCUGCCUGGCCAACCUCAACACCCCACCAUCUUGCAGCGACAGAGACAGCCGCCCAACGAGCCAGCCGCCCAGCAGCAGCAGCAGCAGCGAAAUGCACCGCCGCCGGCCCAGGCUCAAGGCCCACCAUCUCAGCCCCGACAGAUUCUGCAGAACCCCAACCGCCUUGCUGGCGCCGGCCAGCCAAUGGCCCAGUCCAGCUCGCCAUCCCAACGUGGGCAGAUGCAGGGGCAAGGCAGAGGCCCGUCUUUCUCUGGAAUGGUCAUCACCCAUCCGGAGCAGCUGCUUCAACUUUCCGAGACAGAGCGUGCGGCUUUCCUCGAGGAAGAUGCUAAGCGAGCUAAGAGGAACCACAAGAUAGCUCUACUGGCCAAGGACAACGGCCUGAUGACACCCCAAGACAAGAACUUCAUCACGCGCAUCCAGCUGCAACAACUGAUGACUGCUACCGGCAAUCUGGAUGAGAGAGGACCCGAAGCUGCCAUUGCAGAGGACUUUUACUACCAAGUUUUCAGCCAGAUUCGCGGUGCUCCUCGCCAGAACCCCCAGCAGCCAGCAAAUCAGUUCGCCCAGACAUACCUGUUCCAAACCAACAACCGAUUUGGAAAUCGUAGGAAUGGACGCGGAGGUGACAACCACAUGCAACGUAUGGAGCAGCAGAUUCAGCGAGCGGUCGAGGCAGCCAAAGCCAGGCCCAAAGCAAAGCAGCUUGUUGUUGAGGGCAGCCUAGGAAAGAUUGCGUUCAGCAACUCGAAAACCCCUCGACCUCUGCUCAAUCUGAAGCGACCCGAAACUAGCGACAAAUACCCCAAGCACAAGUCUUCCAAGGCUGACCGGAAAGAAGCGUUGCGCAAUAUCGAAGCCGUCUACUUCACGCUUAUGCAAAUGGAGGAUCACGCCCGAGCUCUGCCCCCACCAAUCAAUGAGAGCAGCAAUCCAGAGGCCAUCCAGGCACACAUGGAGUGGCGGUCGAAGAUCGAGGCUCUACACAGGAAGCUCUGGCAAAACACCAAGAUCAUGGAGCCAAUCAACCCUCACACAACAACACCACACCCGUUCAUCUCAAUCCUUUCUCACGCCAAAGGAAAGAAGGCCAUCCCUCGUCUCUUCCGCCACAUCGACGAGCAGGAGCGUAUCACGGUCGUCACUAUGAUUGUUGUUCAUCUAGACGGUCUUGCUGUGGUCAGCCAGGCCAUCGCAACACCCGAGGAGCCAGUGAGCGCAGCUAUCCGCGAGGAAGUUGAACUCUUCUCGCAAACGGUAAUGCCGCCACUCUUCGCGCACAUCUCAGAGUCGCCGCUCAACAUCAUUGUCGGCCUUCUCGGCCUUGUUCUGGAUCGUACCAACCUACACAUCGUGGCUAGGAGCAAGAUUGGUCUGUCUCUGCUUACGAUCCUCAUCUCUCGUGCAGAGUUGUUGAAGCAGUCUGCUCCUGAGAUGGAGGCCGCAGAUUGGGAGCAAUGGACUGAACUUUACAACCGCCUAUUUGAUAUGAUCGAGCCCGUCCUUCCCUUCAUCUUCCCUGGAUCUAUCAACGAUACAGAUGACAUGUACAUCUGGCAGUUCUUGGCUGCUAUGGGAGUAGGUGCCAGCCCGGAGCAGCAGCAGAGACUUGUUCUCGGCGUCAAGGACCGCGUUAUGGAGACAGUAUCUGUAAGCAAGGCUCUGCCCGCCGAGAUGGCAGGAGCCCGACUGGCCAACGUGAACCUCUUCAUGAGAGCCAUCGGAUUGGACGUGGAGUUGCUUGGAUGA